AUGGGUGGUGGUGGGAUGAAGACGAGGGAGCAGCUGCCGGUGAAGGUGGUGAUAAUCAACACAGAAUACGUGGAGACUGACGCAGAGAGCUUCAAAUCUGUAGUCCAAAGGCUCACCGGAAAACACUCCACACUGGCGGCGGCGGCGGCGGAGGAGAAGUUAAAACCACCUAGAAGUAGUGUUCUGGAACGAGGAGUGUCGUUCAAAGAUUUUGAUAGGAUGCUUAAGGAGUUGCCUUCGCUUGAUGAACUCUAUAUUCUUUAUGCCGAAUAA